CUCUGUCACUCUCACUCGUAUCCUGCUCCUGCUGCAGAGCACAUCACGCACAAGCAAGGGACAUGGACAUGGACAUGGACGCGGAUAUGGACAUUCCCCUCCCAGAAGAGCUCGAAUGGCUCGAAGCCAACUGUCACUUCCAGGAAGACUUCGAAGACCUCGAGCCGCCGGAACCCUAUCCUCAAGGCGACGAAGAAGAUGAACAGCAACGCCGACAACAAGAGCAGCAUCAACACCUUCCGAAGCCCUCUCUUUCGAUGUCAGCCAAACCCACCCUCCCCCCAAUCCCCAAAUCACCACCGUCUUUAAACCCCUCCCCAUCUCCCGAUUCGCAAAUCAACGGCCCGAAACGACGCCGAUCCAACGGCCCGGAAGCAUCAAAACCUAGUGGCGCUGUUGAGAAACGAAGCCGAGUCGACCCUCGCCGGCCUGAGAUGGACGAGGACUGGCUCCGAUACUCGUCCCCGCAGGCAACUAGUGGAGUGGCGAAUGAGAGGGUCGUUGAAGAGGAGAAGAUUGUGUCGCGGUAUGCGUCGGAAAUAGACGGCGAUUGCAUUUCGGUUACAGGGCCUGGCGGAGAUAGGGUUUAUGCAAAGAUUAGCUGGGCGGAUAAGGGCAUUGGUGGGAAGAAAUUGGACACACAUUCACACUCCAGUGGUCUAAUUCCGGAACCAAUUGAUGUUCUAUUGCAAAGAGUGGAACAGAAUGCUUUCAUGAAGGCUUUGCAAGCUGGUUCUGAAGGUAACAAUGAUGAUAUCCUUCAAGAAACAACAGUUGUGAAUGAUCAACUUUGGGUGGAUAAAUAUGCACCAGAUUCAUUUAUUGAGCUUCUCAGUGAUGAACACACAAAUCGUGAGGUCCUCUUAUGGUUGAAACAAUGGGAUUCCUGUGUCUUUGGAUCUGAAAUUAGGAGUACUACUGAAGAGGUUUUGUCUGCUCUGAGACGUCAUUCUUCUAUUGCUCAACAUAGAAAACUAUCUGAUGUGGGUUUUCUCAGAAAGAAUAGUGGAGCUAAAUUAAGUAGAGAAACUUUUGGACAAUCCAAUAAUUUAGAUCAGGAGAACAGUAAUCCUAAAGGCAUUCAUGAGUUAUGGAACAAAAAGUUAAGGGGCAAUAAUCCACCAGAACAGAAGGUACUUUUACUUUGUGGUCCCCCGGGGCUUGGAAAGACUACACUUGCGCAUGUAGCUGCUAGGCAUUGUGGUUACCGUGCAGUAGAGAUAAAUGCUAGUGAUGAUCGGUCAUCAUCAACAAUUGAAACUAAAAUCCUUGAUGUGGUUCAGAUGAACUCUGUUAUGGCAGACUCAAAGCCCAAGUGCUUGGUGAUUGAUGAAAUAGACGGGGCUCUUGGUGAUGGCAAGGGUGCUGUUGAAGUUAUUCUUAAGAUGGUGUCUGAUGACAGGAAGUUAGACAUUGAAAAAGGAACUGGGAGCAAGGAGGAACAAAUGGGAAGAAUUUCCUCAAAAAAACGGCAUAAGACUACCUCGCUGUCACGACCUGUGAUUUGCAUAUGCAAUGAUUUGUAUGCACCUGCCUUGAGGUCAUUACGCCAAGUAGCAAAGGUUCAUACGUUUGUUCAGCCUACAAUUAAUCGUGUAGUCAGCAGGCUCAAAAAUAUCUGUAAUAAGGAAGGCCUAAAGAUCAGUUCCAUUGCACUUACAGCACUAGCGGAUUAUGCUGAGUGUGAUAUACGCUCAUGCUUGAACACACUUCAGUUUCUCAAGAAGAGAAAAGAAUCUCUCAAUGUGGUGGAGAUCAGUUCUCAGGUCGCUGGCCGAAAAGACAUCUCACGAAGUGUUUUUGAUAUCUGGAAAGAGAUUUUCCAAAAGAGAAAAAUGAAGCAAGAAAGGAAAUCUGAUGAUAGCAGCAGCAGCUCUUCCCGCAGAUUUGAUUUUCUGUACUCCCUUAUUUCUAAUCGUGGUGACUAUGAUUUAAUUCUGGAUGGGAUACACGAGAACAUUUUGCAGCUCCAUUAUCAUGAUCCUGUGAUGGAAAAGACUGUCAAUUGCUUAGAUAAUCUCGGUGUUUCUGAUUUUAUACACCAAUAUAUUAUGCGUACACAACAGAUGUUCCUUAAUGUUUAUCAGCCUCCAAUUGCAAUUACUGUACAUCGUGUGAUAGCCCGAGUUGAAAAACCAAUUGUUGAAUGGCCAAAAUCUUUUCAGAGAUAUAGAACACUGUUGAUGGAAAAGAUGGACAUUUUAAGGUCUUGGCACUCCAAAAUCAUGCCAAACAUCUCAAGGCAUCUUUCAAUCAAGUCUUUUGUUGAAGACUCGGUUUCUCCAUUAUUACAUAUUUUAUCACCCCCGACUCUAAGGCCGGUUGCAUCACAUCUCCUUUCAGCAAAGGAGAAAAAUGACUUGGCUCAGUUAGUUGGCACAAUGGUAUCCUAUUCAGUAACAUAUAAGAACAUGAAAUCUAAUCCUCAUUCUGGUACCCAUAUAAAUGAAGCAGCUUUAGAUUCAUCAGCUCUUUCUUUUGACCCCCCCAUUGCCGACUUUAUUAAAUUCAAGGGCUAUGGAUCUGGUCAUUCUGCACUUGCCCUAGCUAUGAAGCAACUCUUGGUGCAUGAGGUUGAAAAGCAAAGGAUCUUACAGCAAAGCAUUGGCAGAUCUAUGCAUCCAACACAUGAAUGUAGUAAAGAAAACCAGGUUUUUGCUAGGAAUGAAAAUUGCAGAGCUUCAUCAACCAAAACUGAUUGUGCAGUUGGAUGUCGCGAGACUAUUGAAAAUGCAAAGGAUUUGGACCAAAGGCAAUUGAAACCCAAUUCCUCUGCGAGUUCAUCAAACCUGGGUCCUAGUAGAGAUGCCCCAGUCAAUGUAAAACGAAAGUCUCCUGGAGAUGGGAAGAAGUAUCCCAGUGGCUCUAGUUUCUUUGACAGGUUUAGAAAGUUGGGUAGCAAAGAUCCUCAAAAUUCUGAGAUUGCAAUAAAGAAGCCAGUAACAUUGGAGAGAGAUUCACGUCCUCUGCUAUUUAAAUUUAAUGAGGGUUUUACAAAUGCAGUAAAGAGGCCGGUUCGAAUGCGAGAAUUCUUAAUAUGAUGAAAAACUGCUUUUGUAUGUGACAAGGUUUAAACAGGGUUCUUUAGACUGGAAAAUCGAGGGAGGAGAAGAAAAGACUUUGCAGGCUGUUAUUUUGAACUCAUGACUGUACAAAAUGUACAAAAAAUUCCCCACAUAAUAAAGGAGUCAUCAAAGCUUCAUCUUGGAAUUGGCUGCUUCCACAGCCCCAUAAAUUGAAGUAUUGAUGGAGAACUACCAAUGAAGAACUUCAGAAACAUAUUGUAACUAGAAUUUAUUUAUUUUAUUUUGGGAGAAAUUCUAGUUAUUUUAAAAGUUAAGUUAAUUUAGGGUUAUUCUGUGUAUUUAAAGUAUUUUGGGGUUAUUUUGUAAUUACUUGUUUUAGGGUUAUUUAGUAAUUGUUUGUUUUAGUUGCAAUGUUAGGUUAAGUACUUCGAAAUGUACAAGACACAGUUUGAAGUCA